AUGACGACCUUGAGUGAUGCACAAUUGGGCCACCUCAUCAACUCCAUUACUUCAGUAUCCAUGCGCAUGGGAUCAAUGGCCAGUUGCACACAUACAUUCGAUGGAUCCCAUGGCCAAGAAGACCUGGAAACAUUUAUUUCAGCAGUAAGCACAUUUAAAACUGUUGAAAAAAUCGAAGAUAGCGAGGCUUUGAUGGGCAUUCCACUUGUUCUGCAUGGAGGAUAA